AUGGAUGAGAUGCUGGAACGAUCUUCACUUAGGAUGGCCAUGAAACAAGGUCCAAGUGAUCAGAAAAAGUCAUUGAUGGACUUGGAGGGGAUAGUCAAACAUUAUGCUGGAGAAGAGUUCCGACCAAGACAAGAAAUAGGAAUACAAGGAAGGAAGACUGAAGUUCUUCAGACCACAAGCUCCUCAGUUUGGCCUGGGUUUGGAUGA